AUAUAUAUAUUCGUGUAAAUGAUAAGAAUUUCAUUUUAGUCAACAUAUUCCUUCCUUUUUAGUGAUUAUUCGUUCAAUUUUCAAUAAUUCAACCGACAAUCAAAAACUUUGAUCAGAAAUGGAUUGUAAAAAAGCUGUUGUGAAAAAUGCUGAUAUGCCUGAUGAAAUGCAACAAUAUGCUGUAGAUAUAGCUGCACAAGCAUUGGGUGAAUAUAAUAUUGAAAAAGAUAUUGCAAGUUUUAUUAAAAAAGAAUUUGAUAAGAAAUAUAGUCCAACAUGGCAUUGUAUUGUGGGCAAAAAUUUUGGAAGUUACGUUACACAUGAAACAAAUCAUUUCAUUUAUUUCUACUUACAAAAUGUCGCAGUGCAAUUAUUCAAAUCAGGAUAAAUGAGACAAAAAAACCAAUUUCAUUUCCAAAGCAACAUAUCAAAUUUGUUUACUAGUAGUGAAACUACAUUCUUUUGGUUGAUUCUGUAUGUAUAUAUAUACUACUGUUGUUGUUGUUGCUCAAUAAAUAAAUAAAUAAGGGAAAAAUUGAAC